AUGAUUGUGGUCACAUCACUUGCGCUGUAUUUCCCUACAAAGAAACGCAGUUGUUUGUUGGCCUGUGAGAAGGGUGCCUCCUGCUGGCUGACCGCAAUCCCACUAGAGCAACACGGAUUCACUUUGCACAAAUCUGCGUUUCGGGAUGCCCUGUGCCUCAGAUACGGUUGGCACCCGUCCAACCUCCCAGACAUAUGUCCAUGUGGAUCUAAAUUCUCAGUAGAUCACUCUCUGUCAUGUCCAACAGGAGGAUACCCCAGCAUCCGCCAUAACGAGGUCCGCGAUUUAUUUACCAACUUGUUGACAGAGGUUUGCCACGAUGUACACAAAGAGCCCGUUCUGCAACCUCUCAACGGCGAGGUGUUUCAAAAACGCUGUACUACCUCUGACGAAAAUGCCAGACUUGAUAUUGCUGUCAGUGGAUUUUGGGGUGGGCACUUCCAACGAACUUUCUUUGACGUCAGGGUCUUCAACCCUAAUGCCUCAUCCUACAAAUCAGUGCAGAUCCCGUCAUUAUAUAAACGGCAGGAACAAGAGAAGAAAAGGCGAUACGAGGAACGAAUUAAUAACGUGGAGCUUUCAUCGUUCACGCCAAUCAUUUUAGCAUGCACUGGAGGAUGCAGUAAACUGACGUCUAUUUUCUUGAAAAGACUAGCCUCACUUUUAUCGGAAAAGCACCACACCGAGUACAGCACAACUAUC